AUGUCAGCGAUCUUUAACAAAUCGUCAUGGAAUCAUAUUUGGAAAACAUGGAGACCUAUAAUCCAAAGUUACAUUAUGAUCUGGAGUGGAUUCACUUAUGUUAUUGAAUGGGAACAAGGCGUAAAUGCAUUAGCAGACGAUAAUUUGGAAGCAUGGAUUGUAAGUCAUAUAUGGACUUUUAUUGUCAAUAUGGCAUUAAAGGACAUUGAAGAAACAAAAAUUGGAAAAUCAGAGGAUGGUUCGAAGAUUGACAUAUUACUAAAACUUCGUAAUAGUUCAAGAAAAAUACUAGCUGGUGAGGUCGUUAGAACAGGAGAUAUUCACGAUAGAAAAUAUUUAAGAGAUAGAAUGAAACUAUUAAAAUUUAUGAAAGAUAUGUUCGAUUUAAUGAUUGAAUCACUUCCACCAAUCACAAUCAAAAAUUACGAGAGUCUUUGUACAUUUGGAAUACAACUUUUCA